GAAAUCUUUAUCCACUAUGCUAGUUAACUAAGUUGAUAGGAAUAUCCCAUUAUACUGGAUUCGAACUCGAGACAUAGAAGGUGUUCUCAACCAAAUCACUGUUCAUCGUCACUCUCUUGUGUAAUCCAACGAUUGAGAGAGUUCACUCGCUGCAAUGGCCGCUGCUGCAAAAGCAUGGUUCUCCAACUCUCCUGCUUCACUCAAUUCCAAAGGACCACCCGCCUGCCCCACCCAAAAUAGAGCAGCAGCAACUUUUACAAUCAGAUGCAAUGCUCAGAAGCCUGUCACACUUACUUUUACAAAAACCGAACAUGAGCCACAGGCGAUCUAUUCAUCAGUCAAGACAUUUGCUCCGGCCACCGUCGCCAAUCUAGGACCCGGCUUCGAUUUUCUUGGUUGUGCUGUCGAUGGUAUUGGUGACACUGUCUCGCUCAAGGUGGACCCUGAUGUUCACCCUGGCCAGAUAUGUAUCUCAGAUAUUUCAGGUCAAACCCCUAACAUCCACAAGCUCAGCAAAAACCCUCUUUGGAAUUGUGCCGGUAUUGCUGCCAUCGAAGCCAUGAAAAUGCUUGGCAUUCGAUCUGUUGGUCUUUCGCUUUCCCUCGAGAAGGGUUUACCUUUAGGAAGUGGAUUGGGAUCCAGUGCAGCUAGUGCAGCUGCAGCUGCUGUUGCUGUCAAUGAAAUAUUUGGGAAGAGAUUGGGCUAUGAUGAGCUUGUUCAUGCGUGCUUGAAAUCGGAGGAAAAGGUAUCUGGUUACCACGCGGACAAUGUUGCGCCGUCGAUCAUGGGGGGUUUUGUUCUUAUUCGCAAUUACAAGCCGUUGGAAUUGGUGCGGUUGAAGUUCCCUUCCGAAAAAGAGCUCUAUUUUGUACUGGUCACACCUGAAUUCGAAGCUCCGACAAAGAAGAUGAGAGCUGCACUGCCUUUGGAGAUAGAGAUGUCACACCAUGUGUGGAAUUGUAGCCAGGCUGGUGCGCUUGUGGCGGGAGUGUUGCAAGGGGAUUUGUUGAUGUUGGGGAAAGCAUUGUCGUCCGAUAAGAUUGUGGAACCCACGCGUGCACCGUUGAUUCCUGGAAUGGAUGCUGUCAAGAAGGCUGCCAUUGAAGCUGGAGCUUUUGGGUGCACCAUCAGUGGUGCUGGACCUACUGCUGUUGCUAUCACGGAUGAUGAGCAAAAGGGACACCUCAUUGGCCAACAAAUGGUUCAAGCUUUUCAAAAAGAAGGAAACUUGAAUGCUGCUGCUAAUGUCAAGCAGCUCGAUCGCCUUGGUGCUAGGCUUAUUAGUAGCGUUCUUUCAAAUUGAUUUGAUUUCAUUGUAGCUACUUAGCUGGUAGAUAGUGACUUGUAGAUUCCCAAAAAUUGGAUUUCUCUAAGGUUGUCGCACUGUAAGCGCUGACUUGUCAUGUGUAUCUGAUUAAAGAAGAAGCAUUGUGGUGGUGAGUUCUGAAUAAAAAGAGAAACAUUCAAACCAAGCUGGGAGCUGUUAGAAACAAAUUUGAUAGAUAGAUGAAUAAUAAUUAUGAAAGACCUUCAUUAGGUCAAUGCUGUGGCGGACUCAAAGGCAUGUUUUAGGGAACAUUUUCAUUGCUCUUUGUUUCCCCUCCCUGAUCUUGCUUUAGUACUUUAGAUAGCUCUAGAAGAAGUCUUUUAUAGUCUUUCUUUUAUUUGGCUAUGUUAGUUUUGCUUUUGAUCGGUAUGUAAAAUUGUUUUUCAGUCUACUUACCAUUUGAAUGCCAAUGUAAAAUUUAAGAAAAUGUGUGGAGGCUCACAUCACGAAUGAAUUUUAAUUUGAAAGUUUGCUUAUUUCA